AUGUCUACUACAUCGGUUCCUCCUGAGAAGAUAGAUGCUAUCUCAAGCACCGCCGCUAUCGACGAGGACGUGCGGGUUCACUGCUCGAAUGAGCUCCCUGAUCCCGGAAAGCAGAAUGUACAUCUUGUCAGUCGCAACGAGCACGGGUCGCUCCCCGCAUAUGAUCAAGAAUACAUCCCCGGUUAUGAUGCCAACCUUAUGCAAGCUCGAGCAACCUUGAGUAGUGAUGAGGAGAAGAGGUUGCUUCGACGAAUAGAUUGGCAUCUAAUCCCUCUGCUAGCGGUAAUGUACAUGGUCAAGACGAUUGACUCAAAUAAUGUCUCUAACGCUCGAGUGAUGGAUAAAGACACCCCGUAUAAUAUCAUGACUGAGCUGAACAUGACAUCCAAUCAAUAUAAUCUUGUCACGACCAUGUAUUAUAUUCCCUACAUAAUUGCUGAAGCACCAUCAAAUCUACUUCUGAAAGGCGUGCGACCGUCUGUAUGGCAGGCUCGAGUCAUGAUCUCAUGGGGCAUAGUCCUAUGUUGCCAUGCCGCUGUCGUUAACCGACAGGGCUUAUAUGCGGUGCGAUUCUUCCUCGGUCUUUUCGAGGCAGGGUUAUGGCCAGGAAUGCUUCUUCAGCUAUGUUACUGGUACCGUCCAGACGAAAUGGCACCUCGCAUAGUCCUAGUGACACUUCUCGGCAAUUUCAGCUCUGUAAUCAGUGGGGUUCUUGCGUUUGCGUUUAACGGGGUACUAGCUAGAGGACUAUCGGGCUGGAAAUGGUUAAUCUUGACUGAAGGUGUCUUUACUGUCGUGCUUGGGAUAUUCGUUUUAUUCUUUCUACCAGACUUCCCCUCUACAGCCUCCUGGCUCUCCGACAAAGAGAAGGCAUUCAUUCAAGCCCGCCUACCGAGUAAUUCGCCACGAGCUGCCGAAUCAAACUUUGAUCUCCGCGAGCUCAUCACCACCCUGAAGAAUAAGCGAAUUUGGCUCUUUCUACUUUGUUGGGCAUUUUUUACGGUCGGCACAACUGGUCUUCUAUUCUACCAGCCAACUGUCAUCGCCAAUUUAGGCUUCACAUCAAUUGCUCAAACCCAACUACUGAAUAUCCCCUCCGCUGUAUUCGCAGUGGUUCUGACUGUCAUCUUUGGCAUCUUCGCAGACACAGGUCGCAUUCCGCAGCCGUCAAUUCCUCUGGGAUUCAUGAUCGUCAUCCAAGCCUGUUACGCUGUUCUCUAUACCUUCCCAAGCAAUGGAGGCGUCUACGCAGCUACCAUAAUCGCCACCGGCUUCUCAAGUGCAUGGUAUACCAUGAUGUGGCCCUGGCGCGUACAAACCACCCAAGGCGCAACAGGCUCUGCAUUUGCCAUCGCGUUCGCGAACAGCUACGGUCAGAUCGGAGGUGCGGUUGGCUCACAGCUGUUCAACUCUCGGUAUGCGCCUCGAUAUGCUACUUCUUUUGGAAUAGCGAUGGGGUUUGUGGGCAUGGCGAUUGUGAUGAACCUUGUCACUUGGUUCUUUACGUGGCGGGUCGAUGUCGAUACGAGGCGGUUGAAGAGGAUUCGGAUUGCGGCUGCGAAGAGAAACGAGGCUGUUUUGGAUGAUGUGGAUAUUAGGGAGAAGAGGGAUUAGGGAAGUAUAUGAUUGAUCUUGUGUGUGGUUUCUAGGGAGAAGGAUGAGAUGUCUUUAAUAGU